AGAGGAGCCCGAGCGGCAGGAGGCCGAGCCCAGUUUCGCGCGCGCGAUGCUGGCCUACCGCGGCCUCGGCGGGGACGCGCCGCAGGAGCUCGAGACGCUGCGCGCCAUGGAGGACAAGACCGGCUGGUUGCCCGAACAGCACGGAUCCGCGCUCGCAGAACGGAGGCUCCAUCACGGCAGGAGCGCUGGUGAUGUGGACUCUGCGCCGCUGCGGUCCACGCUGUUCGGCAGCAGGAGGCCGCAGUCCUCUCGCGAGCUGGACGGCAAGGAGCGGGAGCUCCGCCGCCGCGACCGGGAGGACGCCCCGCCAGCGAAGCUCCAGCUCGAGGUCUCCGAGAGCUCCUUCGCCGCGCGCAUGCGGGCCCGCCGUGCGGGCGGCGGCGGUGAGGACGCCGACGCCGCGGUGGCGUGCCAGCUGAAGGCGAUCCUCAACAAGCUGACGCUCGAGAAGUACGACGUGCUGUCCAAGCACCUCCUCGAGGUCCCGAUGGAGACCGCCGCCCACGUGGAGCUUCUCAUCACCGAGGUCUUCGAGACUGCCGUCACGCAGCAUCCCUUCAUCGAGAUGUAUACCGACCUCUGUGUGCUGCUGCACGAUCACUUCAGCAAGACGCCCGUAGCCGACGAUUCUUUCAGUUUCAAGAGGCUCUUGCUGAAUGAGUGCCAGAACUCUUUCGAGCGAAACAAAGACCCGCCGAAAGGCCUUGACCAGAUGGAGGAGGAGGAGCGGGUAAUCGCAGAGUUCAAGUACAAGAACCGCAAGCUGGGCAACGUCAAGUUCAUAGGUGCGCUGCUUGGCCGCAGGAUGCUCUCCAGCAAAGUCUUCUUGACAAUCGUCGAAGAGCUCAUCGCCGAUGAGACCGACGAGUCGCUUGAAUCUGUGGCCACGAUACUCACCAUCGCGGGGCCGCUCUUCGACGUGAAAGACUGGGCCCAUUACAGCACGAUCAAUGCGCAGUUCGCGCAGCUGCAGAAGAUCCUGAGCACGUCUGCGAUUGCCCCCCGCACGCGCUGCCUGCUGAAGGACGUGCUUGACAUGCGCAGGAGGGGCUGGCGAGACCACCGGGUGAAGCAGGUGGAAGCGCCCACGACGCUCAAGCAGGUGCAUGACAAAGCGUCCAAGGCUCGCUCGGCCUGUUGGUGGGGCCCUCGUGGGGCCGUCCUGGGGCUCGCCUGGGCCGUGCUCUGGGCGUCUGUCGUGUGGCGCCCGUCUGUGGCCUCCGGCCCCGCUGUGGCCAGGAAG